UUGUAUGUGUGUGAGCCUGACGGGUUUUGGAUUGGAGAUGCAGAAAGAAAGGGCAGUUUCGAGGAAGUGACGGACGAGGCUCGGGGGACUGGUCAGAGGAAGUUUGCUCGAUGGUGGCACCGUGCUGCUGAACGAAACUUUUCCCCCUCGAGCGCCAGCGGCACCGUGGACCGCGACGGACGGAUCCAGCGGCGGAGGGAGCUUUUGUUUCCUCGCCACACCGUCAGUAUUGGGGAAUAACUUGAGGUUGGGAGAAAAAAAGGGGGAAUCGCAAAGGAAUUUCGCUCCCGCAACCAAGCCCCCCUUUUUCUUCUCUUCCCCGCGCCUCCUUCGAUUUUUUCUAGGAUCCGCGAUGGGGAAGGAGCAGGAACUUCUUGAAGCGGCGCGGACGGGAAACCUGGCCGCAGUGGAGAAGCUUUUAUCCGGGAAGCGACAGUCCGCUGGCACCGGCAGCGGGUCGUCUGGGACCGGUGGAAGCGGCAACAGCGGCGGGCACGGCGCCUCUUCUCAUCCGCUCUCCAGUCUGCUCAGCAUCUGGAGGGGCCCCAAUGUGAAUUGUGUGGACAGCACUGGAUACUCCCCUCUCCACCACGCCGCCCUUAAUGGACACAGCGAGGUGGUGGAGGCGCUGCUACGAAACGAGGCCUUGACCAACAUCGCCGACAACAAGGGCUGCUACCCUCUCCAUCUGGCUGCAUGGAAGGGAGAUGAACACAUCGUCAAACUGCUCAUUCACCAAGGACCUUCACACCCCAAACUCAACGAGCAGAGCUCUGUAGACCAUAGAGAGUUCAAACGCUGUGGGCCCUUUGACCCCUAUAUUAAUGCCAAGAACAAUGACAACGAGACGCCGCUGCACUGUGCCGCCCAGUACGGCCACUCCAGGGUGGUGCGGCUGCUGCUGGAGGAGCUGACGGACCCCACCAUGAGGAACAACAAGUUCGAGACGCCGCUGGACCUGGCCGCACUAUACGGCCGCCUGGAGGUAGUCAAACUGCUGCUCAGUGCCCACCCCAACCUGCUCAGCUGCAACACCAAGAAACACACACCGCUGCAUCUGGCCUCCCGGAACGGACACCUUUCUGUGGUGGAGGUGCUGCUGGAUGCUGGCAUGGACAUCAACUACGAGACGGAGAAAGGCAGCGCGCUCCACGAAGCAGCCUUGUUUGGGAAGACGGACGUGGUACAGAAACUUCUCAGUGCAGGUAUCGACGUGAACAUCGUCGACCAGAAGGGCCUGACGGCGCUGGACACCGUCAAGGACAUGCCCUCCCAGAAGAGCAGAGAGAUAGCUGCUCUCAUCCUAGGUCACAUGACUGGAAAACCCCCUGACAUUGAGCUUCCCCCACCACCAGUUCCUCCGCCUCAGGAGAGUCCCAGCCCUCGGAAAAAGGGUGAGCUGGAGAAGGUGAGCGAGCUGAUCUCGGGGCUGGCCCCGGGGCCCGAGGAGGAGAGCCCGUACGAGGCUCUGUUCGAAGCCACCUCUUGCCACUCUCUGGACAGCCUCACCAGCGGCAAGUCCUCUGACAGGGACUCUGGACGGCCGGAUAGCGACGCUGGCAAGAAAGAUCGCCUGGUCCACUCAUCACACCCUGGCCCCGGGCACGAAGAAGAGGCCCUGUAUACAAACAGCAGUAUUGAUGAGAGAGGCGAGCCGGCGGAGGAGGAGGAUCACACGUAUGAGUUGUUGCUGACUGCACAGACCAAAGUCCCGCCGCCCAGCCAGGAGUUCCAAUCCAAUAAAGAUGAGAACACCACUACACAGUCUUCCAAUAGCGUCCUACCUCAGCGUAAACCCACUGCCCCAAACGACCUCAGAGCCCCAAGCAAGGCGAAAGACACCCUGCACCCUCCUGGACGGGCGGGCCCACGGGCAACAGGAGAUAACUCCCAGCACAGCCAGGAGCAAGGAGCAGGUGUGCCGGAGCAGUUCACUGGCCUCCUGCACGGGUCGUCCCCCGUCUUCGACUGCCGCGAGGAGCCCUUCAGGCUUCCAGGUGUUCAGCCAUCCAGCCAGGGCCAGCCAGAAUCAAGAAAAUCUACUAAAGCAAAGGGGGAAGUAGCAGCUGCUGCGCCGCCACCCAGCCGUCCCAGCAUGGCCGCCAUCCUGACAGACUGUGAUCCAAAAGCAAUUUACGCAACUGUGAACAAGGAGCCCAGGGACUCAGGGGCCGGGGCAGUGUCCGCCGUUAGGAUGCGCCCUCCCGGGGACCUGAAGCUGGCACGCAGCCUCUCCAAGUCUGACUCUGACUUGCUCGUGUCGCCUCCUAGUGAGGAGGAAGGAGGACUGGGAAACCGGAGCGAAUCUGUUUCUAACUGUAGCACUGGCAAGAAGAGGCUCGAGAAAUCUCCCUCUUUCACCUCAGAAUGGGACGAGCAGAAACCGACGACUUCUUCCGCCACAAAACGAAGAUCUAAUUCCUUUGACAGCAUCGAGAAGAUCAUGACGCUGAUCGGCGCCGGCAUCGAUUUCUCCAGAGAUCAGCAAUACGCCACGCCAGCAGGUGCUGCAGGCCGGCUGCUGGACCAGCCUGUGGGAGACUGGCUGGAGCACGUGGGGCUGCCGCAAUACGAGAGCAAACUACUCCUGAAUGGUUUCGACGACCUGCACUACAUGGGGAGCAAUGUUAUGGAGGACCAGGACUUGAGAGAGAUUGGGAUCACAGACCCAAGCCACAGAAAGAAGAUCCUGCAUGCAGCGCGUUCGUUACCCAAGGUGAAAGCGCUGGGCUGUGACGGCAGCAGCUCCCUGUCCUCUUGGCUGGAGAAUCUGGGUCUGCACGAGUACUUGCACAACUUCCUGGCCAGCGGCUACCGCUCUCUAGACUGUGUCAAAAACCUGUGGGAGCUGGAGAUUGUCAACGUGCUAAAGAUCUCCCUACUUGGUCACAGGAAACGCAUCAUUGCCUCCUUAGCGGAGAGGCCCUAUGAGGAGCCUCCAGUCAAGCCUCCUCGCUUGUCUCAGAUCAGGUGCCAAGACCUGCCCGGAUCCCAGACCUCGUCUCCCCUCAGUCAGAUGGAAUCUUACACAGGACGCUCAAUGGACCCGCUGCUUCCAGGAGGAGAGCCAGGGAAGAAAAAAGUGCCGGAUACUGACUAUGACGUUACCCAAAGAUAUCGAAGUGAACGACACAAAUCACACGAAUGGUAUGAGGAACGGCAUCGAGAGCCCCGUCUGACCCUGCGGCCGCCUAGUCUGGCAGCGCCGUAUGCCCCGGUCCAGAACUGGCAUCAUCAACCAGAGAAACUCAUCUUUGAAUCCUGCGCCUAUGAAGCCAAUUACCUCGGAUCCAUGCUCAUUAAGGAUCUGCGGGGUACCGAGUCCACGCAGGAUGCUUGUGCCAAAAUGCGGAGGUCGACAGAACAAAUGAGAAAAGUCCCUACCAUCGUCCUCUCCAUCACCUACAAGGGUGUUAAGUUCAUUGAUGCAGCCAAUAAGAACAUCAUCGCAGAGCAUGAGAUCCGUAAUAUCUCAUGUGCAGCCCAGGACCCGGAGGACUUGUGCACAUUCGCUUACAUCACCAAGGACCUGCAGACCAGCCACCACUACUGCCAUGUGUUCAGCACAGUAGACGUGAACCUGACCUAUGAGAUUAUACUGACGCUUGGCCAGGCGUUUGAGGUAGCCUAUCAGCUGGCUCUGCAGGCCCAGAGGACCAAACAGCACCAGAACCUCCCAGUGGGACCCGGCUCAGAGGUCAUUGAGACCAAGUCCAGCCGACCUGUACCCAAACCACGAGGAAGUGUACGGAAGUCAGCGGGGGACGUUGUGGAACAGGAGGGGGAUUCUCAGUCGCAGGGCAGCGCCACGUGGCUCGUGGACCCCAAGGAAUCCAAGCGCACUAUCAGCACUAACUGAACACUGUGGCCACUCCCAGCCAGUAAGACAGGACGGGAAUGAGCCCUGUUGCAUGGUGGGUAGGAUGUUUUGUCGGAAAAGCGACCCACUCCCCGGGCAGCGAGCUCACAACCACCAGUUGGAUCGCGCUCACCGCGGUAACACUCGGGCCCGGAGACGUAAACGCUGCGCGGCCCAUCUGACCUCACCGAUGUCAUCAGUUUAGCUUCCUGUCCCAGUCAGAUGUAUUUGUUACGCUUUCUGCAUCACCUCCUGACAGCCAUCAGGCCUCCCUCGUACAGAGAGUCAGUGUUUACUCUUUCAGGAAGUGUACCUGCGCUGUUUCAAUGCAGAACCUGUACUUAAAGAGGAAGUAGGCGAGAUGAGGAACGUUUUCGUUGUUUUGAUACAAAGGUACAUCAAACAGAGACCUCACACUGUAGGUACACACUCCUUCCUGGAUCAUUCGUCCUGUAUCCACACAUUGUAGCGUCUCUGCAUGACCAUCAGCCUCUCAUGCACAACAUACUGUACAUGUAUAACUGUGAUAAACAAUGUAAUCUUGCACGGGAGGAACUCUCUAACCAAACUCAAAGGGCAGAGGAACUGACACUACAGAGACUCUUUUAUAAUAAUAAUAAUAUAACAGGGGGUGGCUUUUAUUUGAUUUGAAAGUUUUCUCUCCCUUUUUUUUCUUUGUAUGUUUUAAUUGUUUUCUAGGACAAAUACGCGUCCUAAUGCUGGAACUGGAUCAGAUGUGGUUCACUGAAGUUCUCUAUUUCCCUGCUCCUUUUGUUCCAUUAAUCUAAGCAAGAUUAUCCACCAAACCUGCCAUGCAGGCUGGUACGUGUUUUAGAUUUUAGCUGCAGAACAGAACAAUAGGGCACAGCAUGUUUCUCCUAGCUAACUCCCAGUGUGUUGACUGUUAAUGGUACUUCUGCGUCAGCCGAUGUGUAUAUGGGUACAUAGUCAGGUGGUUUUGAUUUAACUGUUGUAUAUGUGGUGCGUUGUCAGGCCAGUACAAUAACUCUACGGUACACUGUCUUCAGCUCGCUGGUGUCGGCACCUUCAGCCAUCAGCCUGGUCCCGUUCUGCUUUUGCACAUCGCUAAUGAUCAGGAGAGAUAUUUCGGGACUAAUCUGAUGAUAACAAUGAUCAGAAUGAUAUUGUACAUGAAUCUAGCGGUCUGUAUUUUGAUACUUGAAUGAUUUUUGCUUUUAUAGAUAUCUAUAUAUAUAUAUAUAUAUAUAUAUGUAUAUGUAUGUAUGUACGUAUGAAAUUUUUGACGUUUGUCAAAAGAGAGAAAAGGACUAUGUCUUAUAAAGUUAAACAUAUCGUGAAUAAAUACCCUGUGAUUAAAAAAAAAGGCUGAGAAAACAGUGACUCAGAAGAGGGACCUCACUUCAGAAAAAAAGAUUGUAAAUAAUCUUGGGCUUCCAGUCUUUUUUAUGAUUAUUUUUCAUAAUUGUACAACUAAUAAAUGGCUCAAUUGGA